AUGGAGCCGCUCACCAUGGAAAGGAGUCCUCGGGCGCCUCUGCGAUUGCUCUCACUAGAUGGAGGAGGCGUGCGAGGCUUGUCGUCCCUCAUGGUGCUACGAGACUUGAUGCAAAGCAUAGCUCUCGAAGAAAAGAGAUUGGGACGCCGAGCACAAAGCGACCACGGAGCAUUGAAACCAUGCGACUAUUUCGACCUUAUCGGUGGCACAUCAACAGGUGGUAUCAUCGCAAUACUUCUUUCGCGGCUGCGACUCAACUGCGAACAGUGCAUAGAAAUUUACUUGAAGCUGGCGCAGCAGAUAUUCGAGCACGACCGGUCAUUCAAAGCCUUUGGAAUGAAAGUGCCGAUUGGAGCGACGCGGUUCUCGGGAGCUAUUCUUGCUAAUGCGAUUAAACAAUCACUGAAGGAUCUGGGCUUCGACGAAAAUGAGCCGAUGUGGGACGGGGCGCUUUUUGAGGAGGUUGAAGAAAAUUCCACUUUGCGAAAUGCCAGUAUCUGGGCUGAUGCAACGCCGGAUCUGAUCGUCACGCAAAGUCCUGUAGCCACGAUGAAGAACCAUGAAGGUGAUUUGCCGUCUGGACCACUCACAUCUCGCAACGGCAACGCAUCGCGGCCUGAAUCGACAUUGUACAGCGAUAGUCCCCUUUCGCCAAAACCAUUGCCUCUACGGAGCGAUACAUGGAAGCUGCAUCCGCGUCAAUCUGUUCAUCGAAAAGCAAACGCAGCUGGUUGUCGCGGGUUUGUGCUUACAUCGCUCAAGAACGCGUUAGGUCUUCCCAGGAUACUCUCGACGUACGACCCCAACGAUCAAACGACUCGCAUCUGGGAAGCUCUUCGAGCGACGUCUGCAGCGCCGACGUUCUUCGAAGAGAUGCAGUUUGGCACGCCUAAAGUCACGUACCUCGACGGUGGUGUAGGCUUCAACAACCCUUGCGCCGAAGUCGAUUACGCAGCCAAAGCGCUUUGGGAAGGGCGUUCGAUCGGCGUGAUUGUGUCGGUAGGCACUGGUCUGCAAAGUCUGUCGAGCGUGAAGAAGAUGGCGACCUGGCUGCCGUUUGGUCUUGGGACCGACAUCUCCCUGGCGACAGCGCUGGCUGGGAUGGCGACUAGCACCGCCCGCGUUGACAACGAGAUGAGGCGCAUGUACAGCAAUAGUGACACUCGAUAUUACCGCUUCGAUGUGGACCGCGGACUCGCUAAUAUCAGCCUCGAGCAGUGGAUGAAGGAGGACGAGAUGGCUAGUCUGACGGAGCAGUACAUGCAGGAUGGCGAACAGGUACGGAGAGCGAAAGAGUUUGGCGAAAUGGUGGCGAAACUUUCUGCGCUGCCACCUAAAUUUGAGAUUGCGCCCACGCUUUUUAGGAUUGGUAUCGAUGGACAUGGGCUCAGGGAUGACAGCUUCCGUCUUGUGCAAGUCGAUUUCAAGACUGGGAUGCUUCUCGGCGUUGCAAGCCACCUCGAGGAUCUACCACGCAUGUCGAAGUUCCGCAGUUCAUCGCCCUCAGGUGAAGGCGGCCUUGCAGUGGACGAAAACGGGGGUCUGAGGAAGAUAUAUCCUGUGGCGGAGGACCUAGAUCAUGAUGGUCGGCGUGAGGAGGCAGCGGUACAUCAGUGCAUCAAAGCCGACAACAUCUGCGUACGCGACAUCAAGACAGGUAUACCGCCAGGCAAGUACAAGGUGCAAUUCAUCGUCGCAUUCCACGAUGCCAAAUACACACCACCGCGCGAUCUUGUUUUCAGCGUUGGAAGGCCCUUCGAUGCGAGUACCUUCAAGAGCCGCUUCGUAGACGUCAAGAUCACGCCAGACGUUGCAGCGGUCCUUUUGCAUCCGGAUGCAGUACGUGUAAGAGUAGGGAAGAAGAGGUAUGAGGAAAACAAGGGUAAGGGAUGGGUGGAAGUUGAGGGUGAUAUCGAGGUAAACGUGGGGCUGGAAGGUGCACUGGGUUUCAUUGUGAGCAAGAGAUACCAAGAAAGUGUCUUCGUUGAUGGAUGGAGCUUUGGAGGCGUGCGACUCGAACCUGUCUUUGGUACACAGCCGGUGAGUUCGCCGAGGAUCUGGACAACAAGCUGA